AUGAGAAGCAGGCCGCGGCGCACCGCGCAUCGCUCUACAUGGAAGCGGGAUGGAGCAUGCGGUGGAAACGAGCACAGCUGCUUGGACACGGGACACGGCGACCAGUGCUGCGACAACGACGCGUACUGCUUCGUGAGCACGAGCGGCGAGUCGCGCUGCUGCCCGCUCGGAUCCAACUGCGUCGCCGACUCGCAGUGCAACAGCAAGUCGUACUACUGCACGCGCACCGCAGCCACCACUCUCAUAUCUUCCUCCAUCGUCGCGAAUGCGACCGAGACGGGCUGCUGCGGCCGCAGCUGUCCGCAGCCAAAGUACUUUCUGUGCCCGGCGGCGCUGGGCGGCAACUGCUGUCCCUACGGCUCCGAGUGCCGCGCCGACGGGAGCUGCGUGGCUGCAGCAUCGAGUUCCACCACCACCACCACCACCACGACUAGGAUAGGCACGGGCACGGCGUCGGGCUCGCCAACGGCGCUCUGCCCCAGCGGCGGCGCCAGCUGCACAGGCACGGCGCCAGCGGCCGAGCCGCGCCUGUCCACAACGACAAAGACGGGCAUCGCGGUGACAGUGGUGGCCGGGACGGGCGUCAUCGUCGGCAUGCUCGCGUGGCUGUGGAUAACGAGGCGACGCGCCAAGGCCCGCGCGGCAGCCACGAUGGCGUCGAGAGAGGAGAGCAGCGUGAGCGAGGUGCCUGGCGACAGCGUGCCCGAGGCGGGCUACUUUGGCAUCGGCGGGGCGGCGGUGCCGUCUGGCGCGGCGCGCGCGGUGCCGUCGCAGCCCAACACGCCGGGCGACAUUGCAUCUCCCGUCGAGAUUGACUCUGCGGCGGCCGGGGGUGAGACGCCACCGCUGCCGCCGCCGCCGAGGGCAGACGGCGCGCAGAUGGUGGUGGAGAGCGGCAAGGUGUACGAGCUGCCGGGCACGGAAGUCGAGGUAAACGCCAGCGGCAGCACAGAGGAGGGCGGUGAGCGGGAUAAAGAGACAAUGGUGUAA